ACAUUUUGUUUUCCAAACUCUCUUGCAUCUUUCAGUUCCAAAUUAUAAACUGCAAAAAUCAUAAUUGAAAGUUUAAAAUAUGGCAGCCUUUUCAUACCAGCAACACCAAUCUUUUGUCCUUGAUCAGACUGUUUUCUUUCCAUUCCCUACCACCACCACAACCACCUCUUUCUCUCAGUUCCACGAACACCAUGAUCAAGUUUAUGUAGCAAACAAGUUGCAGAACCCAGAUUCUUCAAUGUCAAUAGUUCUUGAUGAUCAGAAAGUUUCUAGUGGGAAUGAUCAGUUGUUGGCAAAGAAGAGGAAGGACAAACAAAUUUGUUCUCUACACCGUGCUCAGUCUAAAGAUACAAGCACCAAACUGAAGAAGCAAAAGAAAAGCAAUGAUUAUCAAGAGGAAAAAAAGAAGAAGAUUAUACCGAAGCAAAGUUCUUGCGAAGAAGAAGGGGCAAUUGGGUACAUUCAUGUUAGAGCAAGAAGAGGCCAAGCUACUGAUAGCCACAGCCUUGCUGAAAGGGUAAGGAGGGAGAAAAUAAGUGAAAGGAUGAAGCUGUUGCAAGCCAUUGUUCCAGGUUGUGACAAGGUUACUGGAAAGGCCCUCAUGUUGGAUGAAAUCAUCAAUUAUGUUCAGUCCCUACAAAAUCAAGUUGAAUUUCUCUCCAUGAAGCUUGCAUCUUUAAAUCCCAUGUUAUAUGACUUUGGAGUGGAUAUGGAGGCAUUCAUGCUUAAACCUGAUGAGAAUAUGAGCAGCAUGGUACUGCCAAUCAUGCCAAUGCCAAGUGUACAACAAUGUAAUACCCACGGCGGAGCGUCCCCUGCCACCUUUGCUCCGGCCACCGAUAACUACCCUCAUUUGCCACUGCUGAUUGAUGCUUCAGCACCACCUAAUUCACUGUUGUUUCAACAAUCCCAAAUGCCAAAUAUUCUUUCCCAGGGAAAUGGACAACACUUGUGGGAAGCUGAUGAACAAAGACUAAAACUUGACACUCGUUUCGCUAUCAACAUGUAUGUAGUUUAUGCAUGCAUGGAGAUUUAUCAGCUCAUCAUCGUCGGCUAAGCAAAUUAAUCAAAUUCAUGUGAAUAUCCCGAAACAAAAUAGCUUCCACAUUUGAUGAUCAUUAUCAAGUAUCCUUGAGGCUUGAGAUAUGUGAAGAGAAAUUGAUCAAGAACUGAUCAUGAACACAAGGAACCCUAUCCAUUAUGAACACAUGUUUAUUUAGAAUGUUUGUAAAAGAACACUUGUUAAUUUUUCAAUUUUAAUUUUUUUUGUAUUAUCAAUUGAAUUAAUUCUACAGUUAGUUACUGUUGGUCUCGACCUUUUGUGUUGGUUCAUUGUAUUCGGCUGUUUUAUUUUGCUUUUUGUGUGGG